UCCAGCCCAGACCCAGUCCUGAACUGCUCUUGUCUUCUCCACACUGCAGCACCAAACAUCUCUGGGUUCCACAGCUUGGAUAUGGAGCUAAAGACGCGAGAGUCGACUGGACAGAAACGGACAAAACCGUCAUCCUAAACUUCUAAAAGGACGUUAUCUGAGCAUUCAGGAGAGCUUUUUAGUUCUCUUUGUCUAGUAAAAAAGAAGCAGAAAGCUAACGAACUCUUUUGUUUACUUCUGGAGCUACAACAGAAACACUUCCCAAACUUAUUUGUGUAAAAUGGGGGAGCAGCCUCUCUUUAGCACAAAGGCACACGUCUUCCAGAUCGAUCCGGCCACUAAGCGAAACUGGAUUCCUGCCAGCAAGCAUGCCGUCACUGUGUCAUUCUUCUAUGACGCCAACAGGACUGUGUAUCGCAUCAUCAGUGUCGGCGGCACGAAGGCAAUUAUAAACAGCACAGUAACACCUAACAUGACCUUCACCAAGACAUCGCAGAAAUUUGGGCAGUGGGCAGACAGCAGGGCAAACACAGUGUAUGGAUUAGGCUUUUCUACAGAGCAGCAUCUUCAGCAGUUCUCAGAACAGUUCAAAGAAGUCAAAGAAGCUGCACGUCUCGUGAGGGAGAAAUCACAAGAGAAGUUUGAGCUCAUAUGUCCUGGUUUAAACAUUGACCCUCUUCAGGCUCUGUCUGGAGACCGGCGCUCUCUGACAGCACUUCUGUGUGUAAAUGGCUCUGGGGAGGACAAGCUGUUUCGCAGCAAGAGCGCAGACCUUGAGCUGGCCAUGAAGAAGGAGUGUGUUAAAAAGAUACGUUCAGAAGGAUCCAUAUGCGAGGUAAGCAUGGAGGCCGAGCUGUUCACUCUGAGGAAGAGCAACGCUAAGCUUGUUGCAGCGCUGCAUGAAGCCAACAGCAGCAUUGAACAGUGGAAGAAUCAGCUCUCGGAGUAUCAGCAGGAGACGCACAGACUCCGAGAUCAGGUGGCCGAGCUGGAAGAGCAAAGCGUACAUUCUGCUGCAAGUGAAAACAAGACCGAGGAUCUCUUCCAGUCUGUAGAGGAUAUGGAAGCCCUCCUAAUGGCUAAAGAUGAAGAAAUUAACAAGCUUCAAGGCAGGAAAUCAGAUUUCCAGGAUUUGGUGGAGGAGAGGGAAGAGAUUAAUAAAAGAAUGCAGGAACUGGAGCAGAGGAACUUGGAGCUGGAGCAGCAAGUGCAGAGAGCAGAGCAGAAUUUAGCAUCCUCGAUGGAGGCAAGGCAGCAGGCAGAGGGCCAAGUGCGGAAAGUCAUCGAAGUGCUGGACGUCAAGAUUUUUGAUCUGAACAACUUGAGGCAGAGCCUGGACAACUUUUUAAAUAAAUAGCACCAAUCACGUGCGUCAAACAUCAGACCACUAAAUCGCACAGGCAUGUAGAGAAGAAGCACAGCAAUUAAUUCCUCUUAAACGUGAAUCCACUAUAGUGGUCUACGUUACUUUUUCCAAAUCUCAGAAAUAAAUUGGCAAAAUUACACUUCACUCAGUCACUACGGUUUAGAGACAGAAACCUGUGAUUAUUAAAAUAAGACUUGGAUUUUAUCCCUCAACAUUUCUGUUAUUCUUGUAAACAUGCAUGUUACUUGUUACUGAUUUUGUUUUUCUCUAAUGUUUUCCCUGCCUCUGCUUUAUUCAUAUCCUGAUAGAUCAACUACCCAGGUGACUUACAUUGUUAUGUAAUGAUUUAUAGACAAAAUAACAAAAAAUUGUAUUAAAAAAUCAGCUUUAUGUACAGCUCUCAUCCUAAAAGGUACAAGUGAGAUGAGAGUGUAAGAAUGGGAUAAAGGUUUCCUGUGUCUCUCUUAUCUGAUACCAUUUCAUCUACAGUACGACUGCUUGAUCUUCAGUACGUGUGCAUGUAGGCCGUUCUUUCCCAUUUAAAAUCAGAAUGUAAUUAAUGGGAGAUCCCAACUUGGGAGCAUGCAUUAAGUAGUAAAAUGUGCAUAACUGGGAUUAAACUUGAUAUCUAAAUCUAGAUAUGUAAUGGUAUGCAAAAAUUCUGAUAUGAUUGAUGUAUUAUAUACCAUUGUUUGUUGCAAAGGAUGUAGUUAGUGAAACACUACAUAAUGUGUAGUAAAGAUUAAUGUAGCUCUCAUUGCAAUAGUAGUUACCACUGCCAAAGCUUCAGACCUGAUCAUAGACAACGAUGAUGAAACACCAAGUCAUUAGUUUACAGUAUCCUUACUAUUACUUCGACCACUAUGAGGCUGCUUUUUUUGGACUUCUAAGGAAUUUGUAAAUCUGUGUAUUAUUGAUAUAAUCUGCUCUAUAGCCUAUACGUUGUAUUGCCAAAAGUAUAUGGACACUUGAUCAUUACAUUCAUAUCUGGUUCUUCUUUGAAGCACACAGUUUUAUACAGUGUAUUUGUAUGCUGUAGUGUUACAAUAUCAGUUCCAGCAUGACAAAGCUUCCGUGCACAAAGCACGCUCCAUUAUGACAUGGUGUGUUGAGGUUCAACUGGAAGAUCGUGUCUUGCACAAACGCCCUGACUCUGACUCAACCUUACUUGAACACCUUUGGGAUGAACUGAAACACAGACUGCACCCCAGACCUCUUCACCUGUCCUAGUUAAUGCUCUCAUAACAGAGUAUGAGGUACUAAAUGUGGACUGAGAUUGUUAUAUGUACAAUGGUCUGGUGUCCACAUACAUUCGGCCAUAUAGUGUAUGUUUGACUGUGGUAUAUUGAAACAGUAAAUGUAGGCGAUUUAGAGACUGCAAGUGGAGAGUUCCUGAGAGCUAGAUUGUUUCGCUGCUUAUUUAUAGUAUUUUGUAUUGUAUAUCCCAUCAUAAUUUUUUAGAGAUGAAUAUGAAACAUUAAAAUAUGACUGCUUACACUUAACAUUUCUUUGCACGAUAUGCUGCAACUCCUCAAGGACUUUAUACGAACUUCCUGCUUCAGCUGUGAACUUUUUACUAUUCAUUUUAAAGUGUCAUAUUGCAAAUUUAGAAUAAGUGAUGGUUUUUCUUAUACCAUGAGUUAAACAGAGCUAUUACAAAACGCGCCGAGGUUCAGACUUACAGCUGCGCAUAAGCUCUGGUUUCUCACCAUGCAAACUAUUCAAUAUUAACAAUGACCCUUUUCGGUAUUGCCAUUUCUUCUUGAGCAGCUCUUUGCUGUCCAUUCACAAUGUUGCAUAAAUUUGCUAUUUUUCUAAUGCUGAUAUAAUGAAUAUGAAAAAUGUUGUCCUUUUUUAAUUGGGUCUCAAUAAAAGGUACUGUCUUAUCUUCUGUGAAAAA